CAUCACCAUCAUCUUCGCAUACACUAACCCAUAAUACCUCAUCAUGCCAUCAGGUGCAAAGAAGAGAAAGCAAGACAAGAAAAAGAAAGAAAAGGCCGCCAACAACCACUCAACUACUAACACUAAACAAGUGUUAGGAAAUGAUGAUCUGAAAACCCAUGAGGAGAAAGACAGUGACGGUGGUGAAAUCAGUUCCCCUAAAUCACAGCCUGACCAUCGCUCAUUAACGGAAAACGAAGAACAGGGGGAGGUGGAUAGGCAGGUUCGGGAUUCUCAUACUUCUGCAUCGGUUGUUGUCGCCAAUUCUAAAUCCAUGGAAGUUUCCCAAAAUGGCACCGGCAACGGCGAAACGGAAAAUAACCAAAACGAGGUGCCAGAGGAGGUGGAGGUUGUUCAGGAUAUUGAGGUUACUAGGGAAUUGAAGCUAGAGGAGGAUGAAGUUGUUAAGGACAUUCAGGUUACGAGGGUGUUGAAGGCUGAUGAGGUUUCUGAGUGCAAAGAUGAUAAUAUUGAGUCUGUUGAGCGAGAUGCUAGUAGCUCCAGUAGUAGUAGCAGUUCUGAUAAUGAAUCCCCAUUGGCCGAUAAGAAUUCCUACGUGAUUGAAUCAGGGGAGAUGGAAGAGGAAGAAAAGAGUGGUGGUUCAGUCAUGGAAACCACACCCGAUGUUGAUUCAGCAGAGAAAUUGGAGGAGGAGAGGAUGGCUACUUCAGUUAUGGACACUGCCACUGUUGUCGAUUUGACAGGGAAGUUGGAUGAAACGAAGAGUCCUGCUUCAGUCAUGGAAAUUACAUACACUGUUGAUUUAGCCGAGCCAGUUGGUUCAUUGACUGAGGAGGUGACUGAAGCUUUUGCAUCCAGUACUAUUGUGGAUACUGGGGUUUCUGAUGAGAUUGAUUUGGCAUCGAAGGAUAAAGAGGAGAUAUCAUUGCCAUCUUCAAAUAAAACUGUGGGGGCCUUGGAUGUAAUUGAUUCAGUGGCAAAGGAAAGUGAAGAUAAGAUGUUGCAACCUUCUGAUACUCCAAUUGUUGAAACUAGUGGUACUGGUAGUGCUGAAUUACUCAAAGACCAUGCAAUUCCAGAAAGCUCAGUAAACCAGCCACUGUUGAGUACAGUUCCUCCGGCAGUAGAAAGGACUUCUUGGAAGAGUUGCUGCGGCAUAUUUGAUUUUCUGAAAGGCUAGAACAGAGAGAUCAGUAGGAGGAGGCCGAGAG